UGGCUCGCGGUGGGUGCCGGAAAAUUUCCCUUAUUUUCAAAUCCAAAACUUGACAGGUAUGGUUUAACGAUACCUCUGAAAAUUGGUUUUUGAGAAAUGUGUAUGUUUACAGUAAAAAAAAAAAGACAUUCUAAAUGGUCUGAUUUUUGGUGCUGAGUUAGUGCUGGACAAAGGUAUAUGUUGCACUUCGGGAUGAAUGUUUUUUAGAUAGGUGAAAUAAAUAAAAACAUCAAGCUUACCUCAAAACUGUAAGUGUAUAUAUGAUCCUACAAGACACAGAAACAUGAGUCACCAUAACGGCGGACCUACAGGGAAAUGAAUGAAGAAUGGCGUGUGUGUGUGUGUGUGUGUGUGUGUGUGUGAAGGUCUGAAGUUAUGAGAGAGUCACUAUGUCCCGUUUCCAUUCUCCAGUACACUGGAUCGGAAGAGUUCUUCCUCUUGGAUGAUGACGAUGACUUGGAGGGCGGACCAAAGAGACGCAGCCGGAGGGCCUGCGGCAUGUGCAGUGCCUGCCUGCACACCACCGACUGCGGCACCUGCGACUUCUGCAUAGACAAGCCCAAGUUCGGGGGCAGCAAUAAGAAGAGGCAGAAGUGCCGGCUGAGGCAGUGCCAGAGGCAGGCCAUGAGACACCUGCUGCCCUUUCAGAUGGACGGGCUGGAGUUCCCUCCCGCAGAGGGCUGGUCAGAACUAGGCAGGCGGAGAACGUACUACAAAUACCCCCCCUGCACCAGCGGCAUGGAGAAGAGCUCGGUGUUUCUGGAAGAGCCGCGGGGCACUGACGAGGAGGAGGACAGUGACGAGGCGUUCAGGCUGGAGUGUUACGGGCUGGAGACAAUGGAUGAUGACAGGGUCACUUCCCUGCUGUAUCAGGUCAACCCCACCAACGGCGAGAAGGAGGGAAGUGUCGAUUUCUGCCAGCUGCCCGUCCAGACUGAUGGUGGGGCGAAAAGCAGCAGGUCUGAGGCAAGGACUGAGAACGGCCUCGCUGACAGGCUGGCCAAUGGCAGCUGCUCGUCUGCCCCCCUCCCUCUGGGAGGCGCUGCUGAGCCGCUGGGGCUCUGCACGGCGCCUGUGCGGAUCCCUGAGGGGCGGGUCGCCAUGGGGAGCACGGGGCCCGAGGAAGGUGCCGGGCUCCAGGAUGUCGUCUGUCCCGUGAAUGCCCCGGAGCUCACGCCCAAGAUCACGCAGAUAUUCAGCCUGGCGGGCCCCAUCCAGCCAGGGACUGAAUACCUGUCCCCGGACCGUGAGCUGCGGCAGCUGCUGGCGAAGCUGCACGAAUCCAUGUUGCCCAUCCACUGGGUGGCGCUGAUGACCGAGGGCCCGCAGCUGCAGCUGUUUCAGUGCUCCAAGGUGUCGGCCAUGGCGGACACGGUACUGCAUAUCGAACUCGGCCUCGGUUACCAGCUCAGCGUGCAGGGCCAGCCGCUGCUGCCCACCCACCCUGUGUACGACGGCCGGCCGGCCCGCAUGGCAUCUGUGAGCGACAUAGUGUCCCUUCUCCUGGACCUGGAGGAACUGGCAGUGUGUCAGGGCUUUCCACUGUCCAGCGUGCUGCCCCGCCCUGGGCCAUUGCCCUGUGAGCGCGCAGCCACUUGCGACUUCCUGGUGCCGCAGAACACUGAGCGGUGCAGGAAGUGUGCUGCGGUAGCGCCAGUGCAGUAAGGAGACUGCAGGAAGCUCAGCCUGUCCUCCUCAUUAUCUCCUGUGGGUUCCCUGUAGGCUCGAGGUCUUAAAUGCCCAAGUGUCUGCAUGCAUACACAUGCUGACUCAGGUUUGAGCCAAACUAGACACUGAUGUCAAUCUAAAUCCGUUUGACCCCCUGUUCCUUUAUUCUUUGUGAUGGGUUUUUGUACUUAUGUUUGUACUUAUGCAGAAAGAGGGGAUAUUUUAUAUUUUAAUAAAAUUUGCCCUUUAAAAAUCAAAAUUAAUACUUCUGAUUUUAUCACUGAUUUGACUACAUUGAAUUCAGCUGAUAAUUGUAUUGUAACUGUGCUGCUGUUAAAGGUGACUCAUUGAUUUUUGUUUUGUUUACUUUCUGUGCACAUCGGUUUCUACUACGGCCUCGUUAUUUGCACAGAGGUACCCAUAAUUCCCUGCUCCCAGGACCUCCCUUCUCUCUGCUGGUAGACACGGGAUCUGAGAGGGGGUUUCUAAACAGCCCGUAAAUCCCCAUAAUGUAGGGUAACUGCGUCGCUCAUCUCUACAGGCACAUGGGCUUGCCAGUCUCCCAGUACAAACAGUACAGAAACGUGGCCAGUCUUGGAUUUUCAGCUCCCUUGUCGGCUCCAUGUGGGGAUGAGGAUGACUAAGACCACAACAAAUUAACUAAAGCAGUUAAUAUCGAUGCCUCAACAGAGAGCAGCCUAAAGAACUCAUAUUCUGGUCAUCUUGCCAAAAAGGCAAGACAGUGAGGUUUAAAGACUUUAGGUAGAGAACUGUUGAUACAGCUUUGUUUGUUUUGGAUUUGACCUGGUUGUUGGGAGACUUCGUAAUGAAGUGUUUUUACAAAUUACAUAAACCAAUAUAAUCACCAAGAGAGUUUUUUUCUCCUUUGAGUUUUAGGAAGUACAAACUGCUUUUUGGACGUUAGCCUUGGCGGACAUAGGAAAUUGUUUAAUCUCAACACCUAUCAAUUGAAUUUUUCCUGUAUGUAAAUCUUGUAAUUAGUGUAAAUACACUAUGUGUAAUGAAUUAGAUCUGUUAUGGCUGCCUAUAGCCAGAUUAGUUUAAACUGUUUCACGAACUAAGGUGAGAUUCCAGUCACACUUUUACUAGUUUUAUUUCAGUUAAGUCUCAGGUAACUUUAAACUAGCUUGUGUGACUCAGAUUCAGGGUAAAAUGAGCACUUCCGUCAUUAGAUCUCUCAUAAAAGAUGUCUUUGCCCCCGCCCUUUAGGAAAGCCUCAGGUCCAGACGCUAAUAAGGAUCCUACUGAAAGUUUGCAAUUCAGUACAUUUCCAGUGGUCCCCUUUGUUUGUAAUCUAAAUAGUUUAACCAUAGCCAGUUAACACCCAAGUGCUUUUAAUUACAACAUUUUUGAAGAGGGCACCAGGGGCAUCGUUCGGGGGGGAGGGGGGGGGUAUGUUUCUCCAGGCCCACACACAGGGGGCUCAAAGUGACAUUUUGCGUGGGAGCUCAAAAGUACUUUCUACGUCCUUGAAUGCACGUGACCCCCCUGUAAUUCACCAUGCUGAUAAUGGAGCAAAUUAGGCAGAUUGUCCACACAUGGGUUCAAUCAAAACACGUUUUGUGUAACUGAAAAUGAAUAUCAGUCUAUUUAGAUGAUAAACACGGCGUAUCUAGCACUGUGGUGUCGAGGCAUGAGACACAAUUUGUUCCUAUUUUCUAGGAAAAUUUUCGUCUUUCUGAGAUGAUUCCUGUGCGCCCUAAGGGACACGCUGUAGAGUGGAACAUGGCUUUAAACAGAUAAGUAGAUGCACUUUAUUGGUCCCAAGCGGGAAAGCCUGGAUGAUGCAACUGGAUGUGAACACGUAUUUGUCCUUUUUACCAGAUGCGUGGUUGUAAGAAGCAAGCCUACAACAACCAAGGAAACAUUUACAUGUACCUUUUAUUUACGGUAAAGACUUUCCUGAACGGUCAGUGCCGGAUGAAGAAAAAGUUAUUUUUGUACAAGUCUUUUAAGUGAGCGAGAUUUGUCGGCCCGCCCCCCCAAAAAAGGAGAAAAUCGACGUGUGCGAGCAGAUCAGCAUGUUUUAUUGUCGGAUUGUAUGUAUGUGUGGUGAACUUGUAUGGGCAAAAGUCCAGGGCCGAUUUUAACAACAGUCCAGUCCUGUUGCUUUGUCAUUGCAAUGAUUCAUUAUGGUUGCGUAUAGUUUUGCGUUAAUGAUGUGAAGACAUAUGCAUUAUAUAUAUAAGAAAUAUAUACUAUAAUUUCACUUGCACAUGUUUUUUUUUUUUUAAUGUAUUAAUCUUAACACAAACUUUCCCCGGAUCUCCGCGACAGAAAAAUAGGCAUAUCCAAUACAUAGCCGAUUAUAUUUUUCAGGAUUAUUUCUCCCCCCCCCCCCAUACAUCUUAAAGAACUGUUUGUGACUAAUAAUGUCGAUCAUUUAAGCAUAGUAAAGCUUCCGCAACAUUUCAGUUAUUUGUGGUUUGGAAAGGUUUCCGGGAUCCAUGCUGUGUGUCUGUGUGAAUGCCAGUCUAAAUGUUUGCUUCAUUGCAUGCUUUUCUUCCCUUCUUUUAAAAAUCUCUUGCCUGUGUGCGUUCCGGUUUGUAAUGUGUGUAUCGUAAAAGAAAUCAAUAGCGUGUUUUAUUUUGGGCCUGUAAAAUGUUUAUUCAAAUAAAGCUAUUUUUGCUA